GAGCUGCUUUGAGACGUACCAACAGAAAGAUUAAGAAAGAGAGAUAGAGGAAGAGAGAUGGCGAGGUGGUGUGUUAGUGUUAUGCUCGUGCUCGUGCUCGCUUUAGUAGCAUGGCAAGCUGGCGCGAGAGAUGUGAAAACAACUCUAACCACUGCCAAAAAUGUACCCAGUGAUGCUGGUGUUAGUGACCAGAAGAACUUCGUCACCUACGGUGGCGUUGGUGGCUUUGCUGGCGUUGGUGGUAAUGGGAUUCCGUUUGGUGGCGUUGGGGGAGUCGGUGGAGUCACUGGGCUAGGUGGUGCAGGUGGCAUUGGAGGGUUUGGUGGAGUUGGUGGUGCUCCAGGUGGUGGAAGUGGCCUGGGUGGUGGCGUUGGCAGUGGUGGUUGUGGAGCUGCAGGUGGUGCUGUUGGCGGUGGAACUGGUGCUCUUCCUUAUCCUUGAAACAAUGGUGGAUCUUUGAUUUCUAGUUUCCAGCAGUAUUGAUGAAGAGCAGUUUAUGACAGUUAAAGUUAGUUGUUGGUGUGUAGUCUUUCUUAUUUCAUUCAUGUUUGUCAUGUCAUUUUCUCUAUCUUUAGUUGUUGUAUUGUUAUGUUUGAGUGGAUAAACAGUUAUUAACUUUUUUAAUUUA